AUGAUAGAGAAGGUGGAGAUGUUUCAUUGCUUAGACCGUUUUAAACUUUUUCCUUUAUUCCAAUCUCCGUUCUGGACUAGGUGGAGAUGUUGCGUUGCUUGGACCAGUUGGAACUUUUUUCUUCGUUUCAACAUUCGCUCUGAAAAAUGGACUAGGUGGAGAUGUUGCGUUGCUUGGACCGGUUGGAACCUUUCUCUUUGUUUCAACAUCUGCUCUGAUAAACGUUGGGGUGGAGAUGGUGCGUUGCUUGGACCGGUUGGAACCUUUCUUUUCGUUCCAAUAUCCGCUCUGAAAAAUGGAUUAGGUGGAGAUAUUGCGUUGCUUGGACCAGUUGGAACUUUUCUUUUCGUUCCAAUAUCCGCUCUGAAAAAUGGACUAGGUGGAGAUGUUGCGUUGCUUGGACCGGUUGGAACCUUUCUCUUCGUUCCAAUAUCUGCUCUGAAAAAUGGACUAGGUGGAGAUGUUGUGUUGCUUGGACCGGUUGGAACCUUUCUCUUUGUUUCAACAUCCACUCUGAUAAACGUUGGGGUAGAUGGAGAUGUUAUGUUGCUUGGACCUCUUGUAACCUUUCUUUUUGUAAUAUUUGCUCUGAUAAACGAUGAAAUAGGUGAAGAUGUUACAUCGCUUGGACUGCUAGAAACUUUUUUAGCCACAUCAAACUCAGAAGUAAACAAAAAUCUUUCGCGACUAGCUAAAGAUAAUAUAAGAAAAAGGAAAUUAAGCACCACAACUCCAAAAAAAUUGUUGAAGAGAGCUAUUUUAUACUAG